CUCACGCACUCGUUAAGAUUUGUCCAUCCAUCCAUCCAUCCAUUCACCAGGCAGUAUGCAAAGUGCCGUGUCUAAAUCCGCUGCUGUUGCUACACUCGCUCCUCCUCUCACUCAUCCCGAUUUCACCUGAGGUUCACAGCACGCAGGGACGUAACGUCUCAACCCAUCCUUUCACCUCCCCUCGGCACUGAUCCGCCCACCUGGUUGAUGGUGAUCUCCUAGGACACCUCACUCACGCAGUCGUCGCAGCGCCGCCCGUCACGUGCCAUAUCUCGAUCUCCUUCGCUGUGAAUGUGUUGCUCGCUGCCAGCGUGCCGUCGCUGCUGGAGUUGAUGGUUCCCAGAUAUCCUUGCGGCAGGUCGACCUUCUUGACCCAGUGAUGCAUGCUGCGCAGAUCAUCUGCCGGGCCGGGCCUGGCGAAAGCCAACCACAGGUACCCACGGCCCAAAUGCAACUGCACACAAGACGGACAUGUGACAACCAGUCAGUUGGUUCAGUGCCAUUCAUUGCAGUGACAACCGUUGUGUAUACCCGCCACCCACCUUGCCACGUGAGUCCACAUUGCCGGCCGUGAUGGAUGCGCGCAUCCAUCCAUCACGGCCGGCGACACUGACCCACUGUCUGGCCUCGGGGAUGGGCACCUUGGUUGGCCGAGAGUAUGCACCGCUGAUCGAAAUGAGGCAGAGGGGCAGCUUGUAUUCAUUGGUCUGUGUGGGGUCGGGCGGCUUGAGUUGGCCCUGGAGGAAGGCGCCGAAUCGGUGUGUGUCGUCGUGGUUGACGAGGAAGAGCAGACCGCUCGCGUCGCCCACCUUGUCCACCAUCGUGCCAAAAUCGCCACUGUCACGAGUCGAAGUGACAGAGAAGCAGGGAAACAGAACGACGAGAGAUCAGAGUCGUUUCUGCGUACCUGUAAAGGAGCUUGGGUGUGGGAUUGGGCACGUCCGUCAUGGCCACCACCUCGCGCGUCUCGUCGGUGUUGAGUAUUGGGGAGAGGGGCCGCUGCACGUCCUCCAUCUUGAGGCCGAACAUCUCAACGUCAACCUGCAACCGCACACACAAAGCACAAGAAUACCAAUGAUGAAGCACAAGGCGACGCACAUGACCACAUGGACCUUGAGCUGGUCCAUAUCACGGGCUGUGGGGUGCCUGACAACGCUGCCAGGACGGUUCUCAAACCGCAGUCUACGGGCAAAAUCGACUACCUGAACGGUCACCAAACGACAACAAGCAGGCUCCCUGCCACAUGCCCCCUCUCCCCCCUCCGCGUGUGCCCGUGUCACCCUCAUGAAGUGCUCGCACGAGGUCUGGCGGAUCGGCUCGUCGCCCUGCACCACCUCGCCACUGCACGCCGCACACACAGAAGAGAACGCACUGCUGCCGUCCACUCGCAGUCGACAUGGUGGGCGAGUUCUGACCUAAAUCGUUUGUAUAGUGGGUUGCCGGGGCCGAGCUGCGAUAGCGUCGCCUCGGUGGUCGACACCUUCUUGCGCAGGAUGGUCACCGUCUUCACCUGGUGCUUGCUGCCGUCCUCUGCACAGAUGAAGGGCCGCACCGUCUUGCCGAAGUCCUUCAGCUGCCCCGCCGCGCCGUCCAGCUCCUUCAUCGCCGCGUCAUAGCCCUCGAUAUACCUCCGGAUCUUGUCCAUCACGCUACCCUCCCCCUCCUUGCCCCCAUCCUUAUCCCCCUCGCCCUCGUCCAUCUCGGCGUCCUCUGACGGCACGUCGAUAUCGAGUGAUGUGGUCUUCAUGAAGAGUUCGUGCCAAGCGGCGAAGGAGGGGUCUCUCGCCUGGGUGUCGUCGAGCUGGAUGGUCUUCUCCUGACCCUGCGCCUCCUUGCCCUCGGCGAUCGAAAUCUCGUCAGACAACCUUUUCGACACAGGUACAUAAUGACACGACAUCCCAUGCAUUUCCCGCUUUCCCCUCCUUCCUUCCACUCACCAGUCUAUGUAGAGUGGAUCUGCAUCGAGGAAGGGCCGGCCCUCCUCAUCGCGCGGCAGGGCAUCCACACAAUACAGCAGCAGAUGGGCCAAGUAGGUGUGCCGCAUCUGCUCCAACAACAGCCCCUUGCGCGACACGCCCAGCACCCGCCCGCCCACAUUCAGCUCCACCUCCCCAUCGAUGCCGCCCGUCAGCUCCACACGCGCUCCUGUGCUCUCGAUGAUCUCCUUGAUGGAGUGGGCUUUGCUCUGCAGCUGCUGGCGGGCGGUUCUGGCCGCGUUCUCGAUUGCAAGCAGGGCCGCAAUGGCUUUGUGCACCGACCUGUCGAGUGAUUGGCGGCCAAUACGGGGACAGGGGGGUCGCUGGUCAUCGUCAUACGGCUCGCCAGCAACAGCCGCAGCAGCAGCAGCAGCACCAUCAUUCGCUUUGCGCUUCUUGCCGAGCAUUUUGCGAUGGAUGGCCAAUGGGUGAAUCAACGGUACAUCCUAAUCGCCACACACGAAAGGCCUCGCGAGGAAAGUCGUC